UUGAUAUUUUCUUAACCAUCUGCCUAACCAUCUGCCGAAGUGCAAGCCCCAAGUUUGGAAAACUGGAACCCGCAUUUCCAAAACCCGCAAAAGUCAAAACGCCCAAUUGCAAAGACCGCAAAUCCCAAGUCGCCGACCGGCGACCGCGACUCCGCAGGCCACCGCCCACUGUCAGAACGCCUCGCCGGAUCGCCGCCCGCCACUAAGUCGCCGACCUAACUCCCCCUUCGAUCAACGUAUUCUCACCCGGUCGGAAGCAUACUUGUAUAGUUGUAUUUCUUCGCAUCCCUGUCUCGCCCUCUGUUUCCACCAGUAAACAACAUCAGAAAAAGCAUGAAUCCGUUUGAAGUUUCUCCACACAUGGAAAAGGUUUUGUGUGAGCGACUGUUGGAUAAGAAUCAACCUAUUGCCGAGCGCUUCAGAGCCCUAUUCUCUCUUCGCAAUCUCCGCGGCACAGGGCCACGACAUGCUCUUAUACAUGCAACUAGGGACUCUUCAAACCUAUUAGCUCAUGAGGCUGCAUUUGCAUUGGGUCAGAUGCAAGAUGUUGAUGCCAUCCCGGCUCUGGCAGCAGUUUUGGGUGAUCUUUCUUUGCAUCCCAUUGUUCGGCAUGAGGCUGCAGAAGCCCUUGGGGCAAUUGGUUUAGACUGCAAUGUUCCCAUUCUACAGGAAAGCUUGACCUCAGAUCCUGCUCCAGAGGUUCGAGAAACAUGUGAACUGGCCCUUAGUCGAAUCAAGGAGCGGAAGGAUGUUAAAAGUAGUGAUGAUACUUCAUCCCGAUUUCUGUCAGUUGACCCUGCCACACCUGCUUCUUGUUCCUCUGUACCACAACUCAGGGAAGUUCUUUUAUGUGAAGAAAAGGGUAUGUAUGAACGCUAUGCUGCUCUUUUUGCACUUCGAAAUAAUGGCGGAGAGGAAGCUAUCUCUGCCAUUAUUGAAUCAUUAGGUGCAACCAGUGCUCUACUCCGACACGAGGUUGCAUAUGUUUUAGGUCAGUUACAAGACAAGAAGGCUUCAGAUGCUUUGUCUAUGACACUAAGGAACACAAAUGAGCACCCUAUGGUUCGACACGAAGCAGCUGAAGCUCUUGGUUCUAUAGCAGAUGAUCAUUCUAUUGCUCUCCUUGAAGAGUUUGUGAAGGAUGGAGACUCCAUUGUUUCCCAAAGUUGUGAAGUUGCUCUCAGCAUGCUCGAUUAUGAGAGAUCAGGAAGAUCUUUCGAGUUUCUUUUCACGUCUUCACGAGCUGAGCAGAAUUCAUAGUUAUACCAUAUUUACAUAGCAACAUCUGGCUUAUGUUACUCAUAGCUUUGGACUGCUCCCUUGCAGUUUCUUCAGUACAAAUUGAUCACUGCACUGGCUAAUUGCAAUUUGCUAGCUAUUUGUAAUUUUUUCAUGUUAGUCCUCUGGUAGUUCGGUGCUUACCUUCGGCCUACUAUCUUUGAAAAAGAAAAGUUUAAGUAUGUAAUUGAUGUUGAAUUGGUAAAAUAUGAAUAACUUUGAAUCUCAUAUAACAUUACCAAAAAUGAGCCUAUAUGACACGUGCCAAAUUUAGAGGAACAAAUGAAAAAAGAAAUACGAUAGUAUGUGACAAAAAGUUAUGUGCAACUGCCAUUUUUUUAAUAUCUAUUCUGCUAUUCACG